AUGGACCAAGCAUUAGGAGACUACAAUAAUGCUGCUAACCAGCGUAGCAGAUCCAGAUCUCCUUCUCGUCGUCGUAUGAGUUUUGACUAUAGUGAUGCGCAAGGAAGUUUUGGUGGUAGACCAAGACGUGCAAGAAGAGGUGGUAGAAGAGACUUUGGUGGCCGUAGUGGCCGUGGUGGCCGUGGCAGUCGUGGCGGUUUUGAAUAUGGUCCAAGUCGUGACUCCUUCAGGGAUAUGCCAGCUAGGCGUGAAAUGAUGCCAGAGAGAAUCUAUGAUAACAGUAUUUUUAUAGGUAAUUUAUCAUUUGAUUGUACUGAAGAUGACCUGAGAGAUUUCUUUCAACCAGUAGGUGAAAUUGUUAGCACUGAAAUUAUUCGAAGAAGGGGACGCCAUAAAGGUAUGGGUACUGUAGAAUUCACAAAUACAGCUGCCGUAGACGAAGCAAUUAAUAGAUUCAAUAAUGUUAACUUCAUGGGUCGUGAUUUGUUUAUCAAACAGGAUCAGCCUCCUCCAAAUAAACGCGCUGAACCUUUAAGCAUUCAUGAAAGAAUUCAACCUAAUGAUGCAUACGAAGGUAGUAAUAACUAUGAUCCAUACUACGGUAACCAAGACUAUGGUUUUGCACCUCCACCUCCACGUCAACAACCACAACAACGUUCACCUUCUUUCGAAGUGUUCAUCAUUAAUUUGCCAUAUUCCUUCUCAUGGCAAGAUCUGAAGGAUUUGUUCAGAGAGUGUGGUAACGUUCAAAGAGCAGAUAUCGAAUUGGAUUACAAUGGGUACUCCAAGGGUUUCGGUAAUGUUUUUUACGCAACAGAAGAAGAAAUGUUUAGAGCAAUUGAUACUUUCAACGGUUAUAAUUUACAAGGUAGAAUACUUGAAGUAAGAGAAGGGCGUUCGAACCGUCAAUUUAGAGAACCACGUCGUGAAUCUUACCACGAACCAAAUGACAGAUUAAUAUAUGAUGAACAAGUUCCACCGGAGAAUAUGAAUGAAAAUAUAUUACCUGUAGAACCUGCUCCAUCUACAUUCUCUGAGGGUGUCGUAGGAAAUGGUGAAAGGAACAGUUUAGUUUACUGUACAGGCCUACCACUUUCAACCUCGGUUAAUGACCUGUAUGAAUUAUUUGAAAGUCUUGGUAGAGUGCACCAUGCUGAAUUGACAUAUGAUUCCAACGGGGCACCAACUGGUACUGCUGUGGUUGAUUAUGAAGACAUUAGUUCCGCAGACCUAUGUGUCAGUAAACUAAAUAAUUAUAACUAUGGUGGUCAAGACUUAUCUGUCUCAUUCGCACAACGUACAAAUUAA